UUUUAGUUGCGACAAUUUUGCUCCAACAUAACUUAACUCUACUUAAGUCUAUUUACUUCGAUUCUCUUGACUUGUGAAUUAAAUAAUGUGCUCCUACCAAUAGGAUUAAGUUCAAUUCAGGUGCUAAAAGAUUUAAUGUAAUAAAAAUGGAGGAAGUAACAAGCUUAGGCGAUUGGUUGAAAGUAUGCACCCUCGGCUCAGGAUCCUUCGGUGUUGUUACCUUAUGGCGUCACCGCUCUUCAAAUGACAUGGUUGCGAUUAAAAAAUGCCGCUUUGAUAAACCACAAAGCAUCGAAGAUAAACAACGCGCACGCUGGACACAGGAAGUUGAUUUUAUGCGCAAUGUCCAACACCCGAAUAUCGUCGGUUACAAACAACUACCCAGCAAUUUUCUCGCACAACUGGAACGUUACAAUUUAAGUCGACUGCCAUUACUGCCAAUGGAGUAUUGCAGCGGCGGUAAUCUGCGUCGAUUGCUUCUUCAAUCGAAACACGCUUGUGGCCUUCGUGAACCGGAUGUGCGGCGUGUCCUGGAUGAUAUUGCCGCUGCCGUCAGCCAUUUGCAUCGAUGUCAGAUCACACAUCGCGACAUCAAACCGGAAAACGUCGUGCUACAACAUGGCGCCGGCGGAAGAAUCACUUAUAAACUGAUUGAUUUGGGAUAUGCGAAAGAUAUGAGUCUGCUGAUGAGUUUCGUGGGGACAUUGGCGUACACCGCACCGGAAAUAUUCAAAAACGAGAAAUACAACCACAGCGUAGAUUACUGGUCAUUCGGUAUCAUGGCGUAUGAAGUGUGUUGUGGGAAGCAUCCAUUUUUACCAAAAGUCCCACCGGUACAAAGAUUUGAGAUGAUAGCGAAGAAAGGACCACGUGACAUCUGCGUUUAUCAAGCAUCCGGCAAUAAAAUCAUCUAUACCGAUAAAAUCUUCGAACACAAUCACAUUUCAGCGUGUCUCCGCACACAUCUCGAAGAUUGGCUCGGUUCAAUGCUUCAAUACAAAAGCACAGAAAGAGGUGUUACCCAAAGCGGUGCAAAUGUGUUCACCGUACUUAAAUCCAUCUUGGAUAAACAAAUUCUUCAUGUUUUCGCUGUGUAUAAUUACACACAUCACUACUACGAGAUUAACGCAGCCACUAAACUGCAUCAUCUACAAUAUUUCCUGCAAGAAAGCACUGGUUUGCUUCCAUCAGACCAACUCAUUGUCACUUCUUCAACGAACCUAUCAAAAGCGGACUUUUACAACCGUCUUUUAUCUAAUAACUUAAACGCGUCACUUAUUACUGAUCUGGGAUUAUCUUCUCAGAGUACUUUGAUUUUAUUCAAGAGGAAUGAGUACAUAAACCCUAGGAAGUUGAUUCUGCCACCGGCGGUGAAGAGUUUGAUUAAUAUGUCGGAGGAGAUUCCAUGGGAACGUCUCAAUGUGCUCACUAGUCAAGCAGUGCAUUAUAUUGAACAGGAAACAAAUAAAAUGCACACGAUUUCGAUGGUUGUGAAUGAGUUGUUUGAGUUUUUGCGGGUUAUUUUAUCCGGGCAGGAUGGUUUGGUCCGCGGGAUGAAGGAAGCUGGGAGGAAAGCGUUGAUGAUGGUGGAAUUUUGCAGUCAGAUGAACAGUGAUUGUUGGUAUGAUAGAAGCAAAGUAAACGCGAUCAAGAAUCAACGGAAACAGAUGUGGCGUGUGAGGGAGUUGAUCGAGAAUGUCAAUUCGGCGAUUGUGAGGUUCUACAAGUCCAGGACGAGGACAAGGUUAUUGAGGGUGUCUAUGGAUAGGGUUGUUCAGUGGAUGGAUGGACUGGAUAUUAAUUCUAUUUAUGAUGAGGCAUUGAAGUUGAUGAAUAUAGGCAACCAAAAGACCUCUAUCAACGCGUCAGGAAUCUCCCGCAUCAUCUUUAAAUGCCUGAAAACCUGCACGGAAAUUCAACAAGACGAAAUGAUUGUUCAUCAUUUCAAUUUGUGUUUUAAAGUAUUACGCGAACAUAACAAACUCACCCGUUGGAUGCGUGCAUUGACUGAGCAUUUGGCAGUGGCUACGGUGGACUUGUUGGACGCACAAAAGCAACUCAGCCGAAGUGACGGCCAGACACUUCGUGCGGAAAACGCCAUGUCGGCCGGCAGCAGUGAGCGGACGAUUGAUAUUCAAGGCGAUGCGCUGCUCAAUAAUGGCGACAUCCAUCAGGAAACGCCGGACUGCUCUCAGGAAGACGGUUUACCAACUGUUGAUGAUCUCGUUAAGGACAAUCGAAUUCAAAGAUGCAGAAUGCAAGAAGUUUUAGAAGAAUUACUCGCCAUGCACAAGAAAUACGCCAUCCAUGUUGAAGAAUUUGUUCAAUACAUCGACAAUAUUACCUCAACUGAUUAACUUGACCAAAAAUAAUAAUCUUAAAGUUUGUGUCUAAUUGUUAGAGAGACUAUUACCUGAUUUAUAUGAUGUUCAUGAUGUUUGUUCAAAUGUUUUUAAUUAUUACUAUUAUUAUUAUUAUUAUCAUAGUUUAUACAUAAAUUUUAUUACGAGUUGCAAAGAUGAAAUCAAACCUGAUAUUAUUAACCAAGUACGAUUUCACAUUGACGAUUGGUAUAAGGAUAAGCUAAACGCCUUGUUGACGACAAUUAUGUAAAUCUGUUUGCGGUUCAUCUUAGUCCUUUGUCAAUAUUGCUUUAAAGUCAGAGUGAAAGUGGGAGAUUGCUUCGUGAUCGCCGGGUUUUAAGGAGUUUAACUUGCGAGGAUAACCGUCGUCCGUCGUUACUGCACUUUCGCACUUUGCUAACUCCUUGAGUCGAUUUUCAGUUCGGUAACUAAGCGGAUAAUUCACUUUUGACGCCAUUUUAGAAGACUGUUGUACUUACAUCAGUUUUGUUACGAAGUUUAAGUGACACGCCAUUCUUUUGUCUCUAAUUUUGAUUAAAUGAAGAUUACCAAUACAUAACCUACUUGCAUAACCUACAAAUAUUCUACAUGUAAUUAAUAUUUGAAUAAAUCGGCAUUAAGUUA